UGUCCCUUUAAGGUUUGCUUCUACAGCCCGUGGACUUUAGCCUAAACACGGACCCGCGAAGCUGGCUUUAUUUGUCCAUGUCUCGGACAGAGCCUGGGAAGCUGCCAGUGAGAUUUCAGAGACCAAGAGCGCGCAGGGGCGGGCGAUGUGGCAAUCCGUCUGGGAUGUGAAAAGCGUGGAGCGCACUUAGAGGCAUUCGACGAAAACACAGGAAAUCACUCCUCUCCCGCUCCUGGGCGCCGCUGCCACUGGGGCAGAGGACUGGGAACCGCGGCAGCGGGCUGAGUGGCCCAGCCAGAGCGCGCAGCUCCCGCGCCCGAUCCUGCCAGGUCCUGCCCUGCGAACCAGCGCGGCCCCCUGGCGCUGAGGCCGCUCCGGCCAUGGCCCCUCGGCCCCGCGCCCGCCCAGGGGUCGCUGUCGCCUGCUGCUGGCUCCUCACUGUUGUUCUACGCUGCUGCGUACCAUUCAAUGUUGAUGUGAAAAAUUCAAUGACUUUCAGUGGCCCAGUGGAAGAUAUGUUUGGAUAUACUGUUCAACAAUAUGAAAAUGAAGAAGGAAAAUGGGUGCUUAUUGGUUCUCCUUUAGUUGGCCAACCCAAAAACAGAACUGGAGAUGUCUACAAGUGUCCAGUUGGGAGAGGUGAAUCAUUACCUUGUGUAAAGUUGGAUCUACCAGUUAAUACAUCGAUUCCCAAUGUCACAGAAGUAAAAGAGAACAUGACAUUUGGAUCAACUUUAGUCACCAACCCAAAUGGAGGAUUUUUGGCAUGUGGGCCCUUAUAUGCCUAUAGAUGUGGACAUUUGCAUUACACAACUGGAAUCUGUUCUGACGUCAGCCCCACAUUUCAAGUCGUGAAUUCCAUUGCCCCUGUAAGAGAAUGCAGCACUCAACUGGACAUAGUCAUAGUGUUAGAUGGUUCCAACAGUAUUUACCCGUGGGACAGUGUUACAGCUUUUUUAAAUGACCUUCUUGAAAGAAUGGAUAUUGGUCCUAAACAGACACAGGUUGGAAUUGUACAGUAUGGAGAAAACGUGACCCAUGAGUUCAACCUCAAUAAGUAUUCUUCCACCGAAGAGGUACUUGUUGCAGCAAAGAAAAUAGUCCAGAGAGGUGGCCGCCAGACUAUGACAGCUCUUGGAAUAGACACAGCAAGAAAGGAGGCAUUCACGGAAGCCCGGGGUGCCCGAAGAGGAGUUAAAAAAGUCAUGGUUAUUGUGACGGAUGGAGAGUCCCAUGACAAUCAUCGACUGAAGAAGGUCAUUCAAGACUGUGAAGAUGAAAACAUUCAACGGUUUUCCAUAGCUAUUCUUGGCAGCUAUAACCGAGGAAAUUUAAGCACUGAAAAAUUUGUGGAGGAAAUAAAAUCAAUUGCAAGCGAACCCACUGAAAAACAUUUCUUCAAUGUCUCUGAUGAAUUGGCUCUAGUCACCAUUGUUAAAACUCUGGGAGAAAGAAUAUUUGCCCUGGAAGCUACAGCUGACCAGUCAGCAGCUUCAUUUGAAAUGGAAAUGUCUCAGACUGGCUUCAGUGCUCAUUAUUCACAGGACUGGGUCAUGCUUGGAGCAGUAGGAGCCUAUGAUUGGAAUGGAACAGUUGUCAUGCAGAAGGCUAGUCAAAUCAUCAUCCCUCGAAACACAACCUUUAAUGUUGAGUCUACCAAAAAGAAUGAACCGCUUGCUUCUUAUUUAGGUUACACUGUAAACUCUGCUACUGCUUCUUCUGGAGAUGUGCUCUAUAUUGCUGGACAGCCUCGGUACAAUCAUACAGGCCAGGUCAUUAUCUACAGGAUGGAAGAUGGAAACAUCAAAAUUCUCCAGACACUCAGUGGAGAACAGAUUGGUUCCUACUUUGGCAGUAUUUUAACAACAAUUGACAUUGACAAAGAUUCUAACACUGACAUUCUUCUAGUCGGAGCCCCUAUGUACAUGGGAACAGAGAAAGAGGAGCAAGGAAAAGUGUAUGUGUAUGCUCUCAAUCAGACAAGGUUUGAAUAUCAAAUGAGCCUGGAACCUACUAAGCAGACAUGCUGUUCAUCUCGGCAGCACAAUUCAUGCACAAAAGAAAACAAAAAUGAGCCUUGCGGGGCUCGUUUUGGAACUGCUAUUGCUGCUGUAAAAGACCUCAAUCUUGAUGGAUUUAAUGACAUCGUGAUAGGAGCUCCGCUGGAAGAUGAUCACGGGGGAGCUGUGUACAUUUAUCAUGGAAGUGGCAAGACUAUAAGGAAAGAGUAUGCACAACGUAUUCCAUCAGGUGGGGAUGGUGAGACACUGAAAUUUUUUGGCCAGUCUAUCCACGGAGAAAUGGAUUUAAAUGGUGACGGUCUGACAGAUGUGACUAUUGGGGGCCUUGGUGGUGCUGCCCUCUUCUGGUCCCGAGAUGUGGCCGUAGUUAAAGUGACCAUGAAUUUUGAGCCAAAUAAAGUGAAUAUUCAAAAGAAAAACUGCCAUAUGGAGGGAAAGGAAACAGUAUGCAUAAAUGCUACAGUGUGUUUUGAUGUGAAAUUAAAAUCUAAAGAAGACACGAUUUAUGAAGCUGAUUUGCAGUACCGUGUCACCCUAGAUUCACUAAGGCAAAUAUCACGAAGUUUUUUCUCUGGAACUCAAGAGAGAAAAGUUCAAAGGAACAUCACAGUUCGAAAAUCAGAAUGCACUAAGCACUCCUUCUACAUGUUGGACAAGCAUGACUUUCAGGACUCUGUGAGAAUAACGUUGGACUUCAAUCUUACCGAUCCAGAAAAUGGUCCUGUUCUUGAUGAUUCUCUACCUAACUCAGUACAUGAAUACAUUCCUUUUGCCAAAGAUUGUGGAAACAAGGAAAAAUGUAUCUCGGACCUCAGCCUGCAUGUCGCCACCACAGAAAAGGACCUGCUAAUUGUCCGGUCCCAGAAUGAUAAGUUCAAUGUUAGCCUCACAGUCAAAAAUACAAAGGACAGUGCCUACAACACCAGGACAAUAGUGCAUUAUUCUCCAAAUCUAGUUUUUUCUGGAAUUGAGGCUAUCCAAAAAGACAGUUGUGAAUCUAAUCAUAAUAUCACGUGUAAAGUUGGAUAUCCCUUCCUGAGAAAAGGAGAGAUGGUAACUUUCAAAAUAUUGUUUCAGUUUAACACAUCCUAUCUCAUGGAAAAUGUGACCAUUUAUUUAAAUGCAACAAGCGACAGUGAAGAACCUCCUGAAACCCUUUCUGAUAAUGUAGUAAACAUUUCUAUCCCAGUAAAAUAUGAAGUUGGACUACAGUUUUACAGCUCUGCAAGCGAAUACCACAUUUCAAUUGCUGUCAAUGAGACAGUCCCUGAAGUUAUUAAUUCUACGGAGGACAUUGGAAAUGAAAUCAAUAUCUUCUACCUGAUUAGAAAAAGUGGAUCUUUUCCAAUGCCAGAACUUAAGCUGUCAAUUUCAUUCCCCAAUAUGACAUCAGAUGGUUAUCCUGUGCUGUACCCAACUGGAUUGUCAUCUUCUGAUAAUGCAAACUGCAGACCCUAUAUCUUUGAGGAUCCUUUCAGUAUAGACUCUGGAAAGAAAAUGACUACAUCAACUGACCAUCUCAAACAAGGCACAAUUCUGGACUGCAAUCCAUGUAAAUUUGCUACCAUCACAUGUAAUCUCACUCCUUCUGACAUGAGCCAAGUGAAUGUUUCACUCAUCUUGUGGAAACCAACUUUUAUAAAAUCAUAUUUUUCCAGCUUAAAUCUUACUAUAAGGGGAGAACUUCGGAGUGAAAAUAAAUCACUGGUUUUAAGUAGCAGCAAUCAAAAAAGAGAGCUUGCUAUUCAAAUAUCCAAAGAUGGGCUACCGGGCAGAGUGCCAUUAUGGGUCAUCCUGCUGAGUGCUUUUGCUGGAUUAUUGCUGUUAAUGCUGCUCAUUUUAGCACUGUGGAAGAUUGGAUUCUUCAAAAGACCACUGAAAAAGAAAAUGGAGAAAUGAAAUAUUUUACAAAAGAAAAUAAUAACAAUUAUUCAAUAAUCUAUCCUCAGGUUUGCCUCAAAUAUGUGACAAGAAAUGUAUAAUUCAUGACAUAGUCAUAUAACUAUGUAAUCCAUCAGGGAUUCAUUAUUUGGAAAAUGACAAGUCAUGCAUUAUCCAAAAACAAUACCAAAAAGACAUAAUUUAUAAAAUGAUAAAAAAUAUUUUACAUAAUUACUCAUUUUUGUUGAGUAAGCAAAAUUACAAAGUGUUUUUAAAAAAUGCUGUACAAAUAUGUUUAUGUAUUAAAUCACCAUCCAAAACAUUUAAGGAAUACAUAAGAAGAUUGUUAUGAUCAUGGAAACAUCUAUUUUCAAAACAAUAUAAAUUAAGCUUUUCCCCUUGAUUCCUGUUGGAUAUCCGUGUUCAGCAUGACAGUCAGCACUUGUAAAUGCCAAGAAAAGAAUUACCUGAAAAAGAUCAUUUCUCCCGAUCCAAAUGAGAACAUUUUCCCUUGGUAGAAUCCAUAUACAAUAUGGACUGAAAAUUAAGUCACAAAGAAUACAUUUAGCAUCUUUGUGUUGGAUUCUAUACCUAAAAAGUUUCCUCCCCACCCCAAGGUGAUUGGAAAGUACUGAAAUUGAGCUGAAAUUUUGUCUAGGAUGGAAAAUCAGUAUAGACUCAUUUAAAAACAAGUAUACUAAAUGGGUUAAAUUAAGCUUUUACAGAAGAUACUUAAUUUUGAUAUUGAGCUCUAAAUGCAAAACUCUUUUAUACUGAAAAAACACUUAAAGCAGUUUUGUGUGGCAUCACAGUGAUUUGUCAUGAAAAGCCAUAUAUGGGGGACAUGCUAAAAUGGCUUCUGAAUGAAACAUGACAGCAGAGAAAGAUGCCACUGAAAUGCUGAGAUUAUCUUUACUGAGCAGCUUUUGAAUGCUAAGGGUUCCAGUAUGUGACCCAAAGAAGGAGUUGUCUCAACUUCUUGGUACAUGGUUCAUUCAAACCCCCAAGCUGUGAGAUUAUGUUUAUUUUUAAUUUUUUAAAAGGUAUUUAAUUUCCAACCACAUUUCUUAUUUUUGUGAAAAGACAGUAUUCCAUUUCAGUAUUACAUUUUACCAAGAAGUCACGGCUUUUAAAGUGCAGUGCAUCAAUAUUUAAAUAAAAUCCCAGAAAUAUAUUUUAAAGAAUUUCAGGUUUGAAAACUCAAACCAACAGAAAGAUAUCACACCUUUGUAUGUGCUUCUUUGUUCUUGAAGUAGUCAUUAUGGUUCAUUGGAAUCUACUGUAGCAUAAGCUCCUAGGUUGCUCCAUUUCUUAGGAAAAUAGCAAUGAAUGAAUGUAUAGUAGCUGCAUGUGUGAACUACUGCUGACAUUUCUGCAAAAUUUUUUUUUGCUGACAUUUCUGCAAAAAUGUUUGCUGACAUUUCUGCAAAAACUCCAUUUCUCCACCUGAUUUACCAGAACCUGUAACAAGACCAGAACAUGUAUUUAUCCAGAAACUCCUGGGGUCUGUUUUGUUCAAACAGGAGCAAAUCCACAAAGAAAUUAAAUGUUAUAAAUUUAUUUUUUUCAAACUAAUUUUCAAAGAAUUUAGCUGAAGAUUCAGAGUCAGCCUACCUCUUGACUCUGCACAUCUGCAUCUAAGAUCCUAAAGGUCAAAGGGAUGUGCCUGUGGGAUGCCAAAGCCAUCAGUAGCUGGAAGAAAGAAUACCUCUUUUUAGAGGUUUCGUGUCCUCUUGCUAGCCUGUCAUUAUUCGGAAAUAUGUGCUUUUGGAAUUUCCUUCAUUUUCGCUAUCUCCAGGUUCAGAAAUCAUACCUUCCACUUGUUCUUUAUUUGCACAGUAGAACUCAGGGUUUCUCUUAUUCAGAGUUACCAUGUUGCACACCCCCAGUGUUCAGCCUGCCCAGAAGCCCUGCUCUGAUCUCAGCAAGUUCUUAGUAGUAAAGCUAAUGGAUCCAUUGAAAUUCAUACUCAGCAUUUGUGACUACUAGACAAAGCCCAUUUACUGAACCAUUAGUCUGCACUUUUAAACUAAAUUGUUAACUGAAAGGUAAAAAAUAUAAAUGAGGGCAUUUUGAAGUUUUUAGAAAAGAGAGGAAGAGCUGUUAGCCAGAUCAGAGAUACUUACAAGCCUGGCACAAUUUUUAACAUAAGUCAUUCCUGGUUAUUAAGUAAAUUAUUUCAUGAACCAGAAGUCCUGUUUCUCUAAUAUUAAAAUUUGUUAAGGUUUGUGUGUAUGUGUGUGUGUGCAUGUGCAGACACAUGUACACAUAUAAAUUGAAUACAAAAAUAGCUCGAUAACACCAAAAAACAGAGUUUACAGAAAAUAAACACAAAAGCUAUACCUGCAAGACAAGUUUGAUUCAUCUACUUCUCAUAUAGUUUCAUUUUUAUUAAUAUUUAGGUUUAACUUAUAGUUCUACAAUUAUUUAAAAAACAAGUUCAGAGCAUUUAAUUUAAAAAAGUCAACAAAUGUUUCAAAAUAGCUUUGUACAAAUGUUAUAAAACAUAUUUAAUAAUUAAGAAAUAUACUAGACUCUAUCAUUUACUUUUAAAACAUUUAAUUAGAAAAUUAUAUUUAAGACUAUUUAUAAACUUAUUGGCUAAAUUGCCAAAAACUUUCUUUUUCUCUAACUUUGGUAUUCUAAAUAAUUGAUUAUUGCUCCCAUUGCAAACUGAACCAUGUAUGCACUCUCUUUUCUGACCAAACUACAAUGGUAUAUUGGUAAAUUAUUUAACAACACACUGUCCAGGAAGGAACGGAAGUCUCUGAUUUGUAUCAUUUGCCAAUUUCCAUGGUCUAAAUAUUCUCUCUUCAUUUUCAAACUACCAAAGUGACCCUAAUCAGCUUACAAAAUUCUUGAAAAUGCAUCUGCCAGCUCUUACCAAGCAGUGUGAGCUGACUUCAGCACACCACUGAGACAGAUUACACAAUAGAUAGAUUAGAUAGAUAGAUAGACAGACAGAUAGACAGACAGAUAGAGACUGAUAGAGAACAUAUUGUGUCUAUAUAAAUAUCCAAUGACACACAGUAUGAUCAUAUUUUAAAUUAUGCCAAAAGUACUGAUUAUAUCAAGUCCAGUAGACAUAAUGCUACACAACACCCAUUCUUUAAUUUUGAUUUCUAAAAUUAUAACCUUCUUUUGAUAUUAAUAAAAUGUUACGAACUUGCAGGAGAAGGAAGGAGUUGAAAGAAGGAAAAUACAAAGGGUGAUCCACAGUGAAAAUCAGACCUACACAGCAGCCACAAAAAAAUUGUCUCAUUUUCACAAGGAAUCCAGAGUCCAGUGAGACACAUUACAAAAGAUGAUACUUUGUAAAUAUUUUUAACUUCUGUGAUCAAAUUUCAACUUCAUUGGUCCAAUGUGUCAAGCUAUUUUCCUCUGAGCACUAGAUUCAUGGGCAAUUUAAUCUCUGAAUAUUUUCUGUGUCAUAAGUGUGCUUGAAAAGAGGCUUGUAGUAAAGAGAUAUUUUUACAAAAUUUGAUGCUUCUGCAGCCAUAAUAAUUUUAUCUAUAAAUGCAUAUAUACACAUAUAUACAUACACUCACAUGUAGAUAUUUACAUAUAUGGAUGUUCUCUUUUCCUUUUAUAAAAUCAAAGUCUAGGUUCAAUUAGAAAAUGGAAAUAUUUACACCAAAAGAAAAAAGUGCCAUUGUUGUAAUCAACGGAGUAAAGCUGGGGUAUAGGAGAGGCUGGGGAAGCCCUGCCCAUGUUCUCUCCAAGGCCACAGCUUGCACACUGUGAGUGGUGGCCCCGCUGGCUCCAUGGAGUGUGCCUUCACACAGGGGAAUGUCCUUGUCCAACACGCUACAAUCUACUCCAUGGGAACUGACUGUCUUGCUUUUCACAAAAUUGAGAAACAGGCCCAGAGCCUGUCUCAUGUGCCAGGUGCAGUCACAUUAUUGUUCAAAUAAAGUGGCUUCUGACAAAUCAGUUUUUCAAAAUAGCAUCCUAUAUACUCUUCAUUUCUUCCAACAACUCUCAGGCCCCCUUUUGCCAGUUUUCUCCCACAGGGGAGAUUUUCAAGACUACCGGAGAAAAAUCUGUUAAUAAAGCAUUUGCUCUGA